UCGCAUGCCACCAUUUUUGUAAUUUUAGUCAGUUGGAUGAAGAAUUUUCAUGGGAAUCCAUGGUAACUGAUCUGAUAAUAUCUCAUAAUUUUGAAACGCAUUUUGAAUGGCUAGUUGUUAUUAAAUAUGGAGUGAAUUUGGAUUCUGAAUGGUUGUCAGGUUUAGUUUAAUAAAGAAGAACAUUUUAUCUUCCAUAACAUAAAUUUGUAUACAAGAAUAUUUGGAAGGUUGACUAAUUGAAUAAUGGAAUCUGCCAUCAAGAUUUGUGAUGUUUUCUACGAGCAAGUAAUGCAAGUUUAUUUAUGAUAGUUGAAUGCUUUCUUAUGCACAUAACAUUUCAACUGUACUCUGGAUUCUUUUCUUGGCCUUGCUUAAGUAAUAUACCAUAUAUUUGAUCAUAGUCUUAUUAAACCUAAAACUCUUGGUUUCUAUCAUUUAUCUCCAUCGAUCAAGUUAAGACUUAAAUCUCAACUAAACUCUCAUCAAUUAAAAUAACAUCAUUACUAGAUUACAUACAGUAUGAAAGUUUAUAUGGCUAUUAUGUUGAUCCAUGAAAGAUAAGGACUCAAAAGUAGAUCUUUCAUGUAACUCUUAUAGUUUUUGUUUCCUCUUUUGAAUCACAACAUUUUUGUUUCCUAAUCAUUGCUCCCAAAACCAGCUGAGCAACAUUUUUAUAUUAGAUAAAAAAACAUCUCACGAUGGCUCAGUCAUGUAGCAGUAGUGUAUUAAAACCUAUUUAUUAUCAUGUCACACUAUAAUGUACAUUUUCUUCUUCUUUUUUUACCUUUCUUUUGUGACGUUUUGGAGCUUUUUCACAAUGCCAACUUUAUUUGUUGGCUAGGGACACAUAAUAAUCUCGUAAAAUGCUCAUCUUCAGUAUCUUCAAGACUUUUGCUUGACACUGGCCAUUGUAUUCUGCGUGUGUGGCAUCAUGGAUCUGCCCUUCAACCAUGCAAGUGUCCCAUUUGCCGUCGUUUCAUAACUUUGUUAAUACCUACUGAUGCUGCUGUACAAGAGCGCCAGGACCCAGAAGCUAGUCGAGUUCUUGAAAACAUUGAGAAAUACAACCGAAAUUUUGGUGGAGGCUCAUCCAGCCUUGUACAGAGGUUGAGGGACCUUCCAUUCUUCAUCCGAAGACUGUUAAGAGAAAUGAUGGAUCCACAAAGGUCACUGCCCUUCGUCCUCAGAGUACGAGUGAUUCUUGCUAUGGCUCUAACUGCAAUAUAUGUGCUGAGUCCCGUGGACAUUAUCCCAGAAGGAGUAUUUGGAUUUGUUGGUUUUCUGGAUGAUCUCAUCAUUUUGCUGAUUGUUUUCCUCCAUCUUGCUACUGUCUACCGUUCAGUACUUCUUUACCGCCACGGAGGUUCUUGAAUGCUCUGGUCAAUAUAUGCAUCUGAUGGAAUUCUCUAGCAAGUUUUAUCUAGAAAGUGUCAAAAGAUGUACUUCAUUUCAGCAAAAUGGAUAACACCAGUGGAUGGUGAAGGAAAGAUCAGUAAGUCCACAAGUUUCAUCAUUAAUUGCACAAGAAAUACACUGAACAGUAUCUGGAGGCUAUCUGAGUGCUGGAGCACACUGUCAGGUGUCAAGAGAUCUUAGAAAAGUGCACAAGAUCUGCACACAGUUUUAUCAUCAAAUCUAGAGGAGUACAACACUUACUGGGCACAGAGAGUAAGUGCCCCUGCCUGCCAUUCUAAUAUGAAGACUCACCAUAGUAGACAUUCUAAGCCACAGUCGCCUUCAGCAUCCAUGGCCAUCUUUGCGCAAGGAUCGCAAAACUUGGAUAUGGUUGGGCUAGCAUUUACAAGUCCGUCCAUCGACUAGUUCAAACCAGAUGGUCCAGUCUGAGUCUAUGGGAUCACUGUGCUCGACACUGCUGUCAUGUAUCCACUCUGCCUUCCCUUGGAUGUAUACUGUGGCAUGCAACAAACGUGUGCAGCCGGCGUUCAGUCAAAGACUCGGUUGUGCCUGCCGGGAUAAACAAACCCAACUCACUGAAACCUUCCCUUCGUCCGCCACCUGCAACCCAUCAUAAGCUGUUCCAAGCUGUCCGCCCUUUUUUUUUUCCUGCCCUUCUUUUUGGGGGCUUCGAGUGCGGAUUACACCGAAUGAACGGUGAGGACUGGUGAGCCGUCGACUCGCCCGUCCGUUGCACACCAAUCGGCCUGCCAUUCUAACCUACCUACUGCACCGGUGGAGGAGGAGGAGACCCGCCAUGCAGGGGCCAUAUCAGCCACCGAUAACAUGGCGGGUUCGUCGGUGGGUGAGUACGUAAAGAAUUGAUUCCUUUUAUACCCCUGUAUGUCCGUACGAAUGAAGUCGACAACCUACCCGAGAACUCGGACAUGGGAAGCCUUACAUGCACUUCUGCCGUUGGUAGAUCUACCUCCGUUAUGUGUGCCAUAAUAUGCAACACUGGCGCCGGCGGUGGGUCUCCGUGUUAUGUUACCGGCUACUUCAGGUUAACGGCGCAAGCUUGUGAUCCCGUUGUCGGCCCUUAAAUAUCAGCCCUUGGCAAUUGCUCGCUUUUUCCCCUCUUCUUUCCCCCUCAAGCCCUGUGGCCGCCUCCGAUCUCCAUCUCUUCCGAGCGAUCUGUCGAGAGAGACAGAGAGUCGCCCCUUCCUCCUUUCGAGGUCUGUCCCUCUCUACUUCUCGGAGAAAUUUGUCUGUUCUUUUUCUGCUUUUUUUUUUGUUUGGAUUUUACUCCUCUGGAUUUUGUGAUCUUGUACUAGGAAGGACUGGAUCUUGUACUA